AAGACUAUAUAAACAUUGUUGCGGGUUGAUCCGGAGCCGCAGAGCUUUUCGACAGCUGGUUGACAAGUCCAGGAGAGUACGAGGAAGUUGUCCGAUGGUUGCUUUCUGCAGACAAUAAAACUCCGAAUAACUGACAUUUUUGCUUUGUCAUUGAAGGCGAUGCAUUCGAGUGCCUCAAACGUGCAAACCGGCAGCUUGCCCCCGUCUCCGGUGGACAGCAGUCCCAGGAGGCUAUCUUGGGGCAACCUGGUGCAAAGACUGACUGACAGUAUGGAGUCCAGGUCCAACAACAGCAGCAGGAGCGACCUCUCUGACUCGGCGUCUGACCUGUCAGAGGAGGAUCUUUUCUAUGACCCCACCGAGGAGGCCGUCUUGAAGAAGGUGGUGGAGCUGAUCGAACGAAGCCUGCGCGAGGCAAAGGACUCGGCGUGCGCCCUGCGCUGCGCCAAGCUCCUCAUCCCCGACCGGCUCCUGGAGCGUAUUGGGGGCGAACUCCUGCACCUGGCGGCCAGCGAGCCGUGCGGCCUGCGUGGCGCCCUGGUGGACCUGUGCGUGGAGCGGGGGGCACUGUGCGAGAGCGUGGCGCAGCUCUCGGCGGACCCCUACCUGGUGCCCACCUUUCAACUGACUCUGGUGCUUAGGCUAGAGUCCGGUGGGCUGUGGCCCAAGAUCCAAGGACUUUUUAAUUCCAAAGUGCCAGCGGGAAGACAAGCCAUCAAGCUGAGCACCGGAUUCCGCGUCAUCAAGAAAAAACUGUACUGUUCCGAGGAUCUGCUGAUUGAGGAAUGCUGAAGAUGACUGUAACCUUCUAAAAAAGAAGGAUGUCAACCUGGUACGAGUGAAGCUUUCUCAAGUGUGUACCUCAGUUUCUAUGGAAACCGCCCAAAUGGCAGCUACAGCUAUGUGUGGUCAUUAAAAAAAAAAAAAAGAAUUAGAAAACAAAACCAUAUCAUUUGCCAUAACAGCUUCAUAUCAGACAUCAUUCCAUACCAGUGUGGACGCUUAUUUAUUUGAUAUUCAAAUACUCAUGACAUUGCAGUUUGUUUGCACAAAUUUUGUUUUGCUUUUUGUAUUUACACAGACGCAAAGAAUAAAUUAUUUUUUUUAUUAAA